AUGGUGUGGAAGGCGCCUGGCUCGACGCCUGGCUGGACGCUUCGUGGCUUUGACAGUGCUAGUGCAGACGUUGAUGACAGCGACAUGUAUUACGACGACAUGGGUUUCAGCAACAUGGAUACCAACGACAUGCAGCACCCUGAUGCAUUCGUUUCAGACCGGUGGCUGGACUUGAUCGAUUUGGACGAGAGUGACUCUUCUGACGACGACGACGACGACGACGACGACGACGAGAGCGAGGCCGAGAGCGAGGAUUUGAUCAACGAGCAGCUCGCGAUCGACGUUGUCGACGAGCUUCGAGCUUAUGCGUUUGCCAUGGCUCAGGAUCAAGCGGAGAAAGACACCGACUCCGCUGCGCCCAACACGGAGGCCGAUGAAAAGACCGUGGUCACUGGAAUGCGAGCGCACGGGUUGAAUGACGAGCAGGAGCAGAAACUAAACGAGCUGUUUGACGACCAUUUUCGCGCCACGGCGAUACCUGCGACUCCGUACUACUUUCAGCAGGCCCUCGUGCGCGAUUCCAUGGUUGGACAGCGGACAACACCCGAGCCCGAGCUAAAUGCAUGUGAGCGUAUUGCCAGCCUCCAACGCAAGUAUGCCGAUUAUGCUACUGCCGUGUGGUAUCAUACUGGCUGUCGAUGCCAUCCUACGGUUCAGCAAGCUCUGUCAAUGUGCAAGCUCUGUCCGUGUGGGAACGUGACCUACACCUGCCGAGCCAGCGUUUGGAUCCUCGACGAGGCGCCAUCAACUCGUCAGCAAGACAAGCUGGAGUGUGAUAGUAAUCCUCGCUGCACAACGCUUGUUUCGGCACGUAUUUUUGUGUAUUUUCCGCUAAAGCCGCAGCUGACCAAGUUGUUUGAGGACCCUGAAUUGGUCAAAGGCUUGAUCGAUCGAUAUGGUGAUCUGAACGAUGCAACACAUGUCGACCGCCUGUUCAGGGAGUGGCCCGCCGUGUUUCAGGAAUCUGCAGGAUUGCCUCAAAAGACUCAUCCCCUCCAAGGCGAGCAUUUCCAGAAGUCAUCGCGGCUCGACUUCCUCCAUGAAUCCCCAUGGAAUCUGUCACUUUGCUUGUUCUACGACGGAUUUCAAGCAUUCAACUCAUCGAGCGUCCAGAUGCACACUGUGUGUGUGCGUGUGCUCAAUUUAAAUACGACGCUGGCCAGCCAAGCGCACUGUGUCUGGGUGUCGUCGCUCAUUGAUGGCCCUGAGCUAGCUAACCUAGACCAGCUGAUGGCGCCCCUGAUCAAGGAAGUCAACGAGCUGUCGUCGCGCGGGGUUGACUUGCGAAAUGCAUUCACUGAGACCGCCGUACGUGUCAAAGCUCAAAUCCAACUCCUGUCAAUGGAUUCUCCCGCUCGUGCCAAGGUGCUGCACAUCAUGGGCCACUCGGCCCAGCUAGGAUGCAACUACUGUCCGAGAAAAGCCGGCCCUUGCGAGUGCGGCCAUCAUCGCAACUGGGGCAAUUUGACUGCCACGCAAUACGCCAACUACGAUUACAUUGACCAUUCCCAGCGCAAGCCAGGCGGUGGCGCGUCUUGUUUGCGGGGAUUGACCAACUUUCCAGACAACGGGAACGUUGAGCGGAGUAUGUGCUCGUUGGAUACGCUGCACAGUGUUCUGCUUGGCAGCUGCAAGCGACUUCUGAGCAACACAAUUAACAAGAUCCUCACCGACCCACGGGCCAAACAGAAAAAACUGGCAAAACUGGAUUCUUUAUUGAAGGAGGCAACCUGGCCAUCCUUUGCCAUGCGAGUCCCUCGCAAAGUGUCGACACAGCACGGUUUGUACACGGGCGAGGAGAUUCUGAAUUUCGUGCUGGUCUGCGCAAGAUGGAUCUUUGCAGACAUCGCCGGCUUGCCUGGGUAUCAUCUGAUGUGGCUUGAUAUGGCCGACAUCGUGUUCAUCUGCGUGACAAAGGCCAUCGACAUCAGCAGAAUCCCAACGAUCGAGCUGGUCAUACAACGCUACAUUGAAAGCGCCACGGCGGCCAAUGGUCCUUGCGGAAUGCCAAUCACCACGCAUCAUUUGACUCACAUUGCAUGGGCUUGUCGGCAACACGGUCCUCCUGCGCACGUCUCGACCAUGGUGUUUGAGAGGAAAGUCAACGAGCUCUGCCGGCAGAUUCCUCCCGGCACACAAAACGACAUUCUAACGCGAUUCGUGAACAAGGUGAUCAACAACUCCCCCUCACAGCGCAGCAGCACCGCUGGCUGCGGCAUGGUGCUCCCGCUGGUGCACGUUGGCAAUUGCUGGGACCAACACCGUUCUCACAUGUGA